AUGGGAUGUGGAGCUUCUAAACAGUAGCAUGAAAAAUUAAAGAGUUAUGUAAAUUAUAUUAAUGAGCAUAGAAAUUAAAAUUAGAAGAGUUAGGAUAAAUAAAUGAUUAGUUAGCAAAAUAGAUAGCAGAUUUAAGAGAUGUUAAAAAUAAAAGAAAACCUAUCUAUAUUAUUAAAGAUCAAGAGGUAUCACAAAUGUUAAUUAUUUUGAGAGGUGGAAGAAUUAACAUCUUAUAAGGAAGAACUUGAAAGGAAGUUUUUAUUGAUUGAAAAAGAAAUUACAAGACUCAAUAAAUAACUUCAAAUUUAAGCAAAAGUAGAACCAAAAAAAAAAAGAAAAACUACUAAACCUAUUGAUAUUGAUGAUAUUGCAGAUGAAGAAGAAUGGAAAAAAGUUUAUUAAAUUAUAUCUAAAAUAGAAUAUGAUGAAUGAUAAUGAUAUCACUAUUAAACCUUUUGAUGAUGCUUAACUUGAAAUUUAAUCAGAUAAUAUUCUUAAAAAGAACAUUCAUAAUAAUAGCUCUUAAAGUAAAUUUAUUUAUUUAACUAGGUGAUAUUUUGAUGUUAGAUUCAUAAUAAAAUAUUAAAAAAUAAAUUGCUAAUGCAGAAAAAAUUGAAGAAAUCAAUCAUUAAGAAUAAUAACAAUAAUUUUAAAGCUAAAAAAUUAUUAUUUAAAAUGAUCAAAUAAAUGAAUAAAAUAAUAUUGACAAUCAAUCCAAACAAUAAACUAAUUAAUAAGAUUUACAUAAAAUCAAGCUUACCAUCCAAGAAGCUUUAGGAUAAGAUUUAUAAGCAUAUAAUGAUGAAAUUAAAAAUAAAUUAUUUUCUCAAGAUUAAGGUAAUCAACCACAAUAAACCUUGAAAAACAGUGAAAUUGAAAUUUGUUUUAAUGAGUAAUCCUUAGAGUAAUUUGUAUAAAGUCCUGAAAGAAACAUUAGUACUCUUCCAAAAAAGACAAAAUAAAAUUAACCACAAACUUCUACUUAAGUUUAAAAUUAAUAAUAAUAAAAAGCAGAAAAAUAAUUAUUCUUCUCCAAAUAACGUCCUUCUGGAAAUGAUCAACAUAGAAAUUCUAAAUAUAAAUAUCAACUAUGA